GUGUUUCUGUGAAGUAGGAGGGUCACAGAAGUAUAAAUAUCAGAGAUCAUAGAGCAUCAUCACAAUAAAACUGAAGAGACUCUGAAGGAAUCCAGAGGACAAAACAGAAAACCUCUAUUAAAACAAGAUCCACAGGGUAAGAUGGGUUCAAAUUUACUGCUGAUUGCAGCCUUUCUGCUGAGCGCAUUUGCUCCAACUCUCUGUGUGAACCGAGGUGGAGAGUGCACGUUCAACACCAAAGGCACCUGUGAAUAUCAAGGACAGGUCUUCGGCAUUGGUGAGAGUUGGAUUACUAAGGACUGCUACCAGUGCGUGUGUAUGGAGCCCAUUGGAGUGGGCUGCUGCGAUUACAACUCCCAACCAUUAGAUUAUCCCGACUGGUGUGAGGUCAUCAGAAAGCCUGACUCCUGCACCAGUGUGACUGUGAUGAGAGCCAAUCACAAACUCCCUUGUCUUUAUGGGAAGUGGGGCCGGAUGCGACCUGAUACAUGGAAGUCUGACAAUGAAUUAAUGUUCUAGAAAGAAUUUGAAAUAUCGCUAAUUCACGUUUGCAAUAAUUGUUCAUUUUAUGUUUUGUGAAUUUAAAAGGAUGUACUGUUAUACCAUUUUUACCAUUCUAUUUCAGAGAAUUAUUAGUUCUCUGCAUCAACAUAUUAUUUAGUUUUAAUGUUCAGACCUGAAUUAUAUGUUGAUAUAGAGAAACAAUAAUGUUACUAUAACUUUAUGUUUAAAAUCGGCAUUAAACAGAAGUUGCAAUAGUCUUUCUUCUCUAUUGUGACAUGUAUAACCAAAUGAA